AUCAUAAUAGUCCAGUAACCAGACAUACUGUGUUCAUUAUAGUUUAGUAGCUGUAGUGAGUGCAGUCUGUCGUCUCAUCGCUCGAGUCACAGGCUCUCACGGCACGCCAGUACCCGACCCUCGACCCUCGUCAGACUAUAACUCAAAUAUCAGUUGAUCUUGAUUGUAUGGUUACGUCAAGAUUUAGGUUAGGAAUUUUGUUUAUAUUCUGGUUAUAGCCAAUCUUGAGUUUUUUCAUUAAAAGCCAAGAUGAGUAGUGUGACCGAUAGCAAUGAAAUGGAUACAAGCGAUGAGCAAACUGUUAGUGACGAACCAAAAACUGCGGGUCAGCCACUUUCCGAGUUUUUAUUACAAUUAGAAGAUUAUACACCAACUAUUCCUGAUGCUGUUAGUGAGCAUUAUCUUCAUAGUGCUGGUUUCCAUACCACUGAUCCAAGAAUUGUUAGAUUAAUAUCUCUGGCAGCUCAGAAGUUCAUUUCAGAAAUAGCCAACGAUGCCCUGCAGCAUUGUAAAAUGAGGGGAGCUAAUCAGAAUUCCAAGCAAAAAGUAAAGGACCGCAGAUUUACGCUGACUAUGGAAGAUUUAACCCCUGCUGUAGCAGAGUAUGGAAUUGUUGUAAAGAAACCUCAUUACUUUGUGUAGUUUUAUAUCAUUUUGUAUAAAUAUUGAUAAAUUAUGAUCUCAGGUUUCUAAAAAAUUUAUUCUAAUCAUGUGUCUAAAUACAAAAAUCUAUAUGUCAAAAUGUUUUUAACAAACUGAAACUAUGUUAUUAUUUUGUAUGCAUUUAAUAUUUUUAUCUAAAAAAAAAUUUUACCCUAAAAUUCA